CACAUUCUGGAAGUUCUGGAGAACAACCCAAGCCUGUACUUUUAAGUCAGGAGUCCGUGGACAAUCUGCUUUUAAUCCCUUUCUCGUUUGUGGUGACCUGGAUCCCUGGAGUAGUUCUCCUAUGGUGUAGUAAGAAGCCACCGUGACUGAUGUGGUCCAUGGAAACUAUUCUUUGAGUACAAAGAGUGCGCAUCAAGAAAGUGCCCGAUUCCGGUAAAUCUCACAUGACAUCGUCGGGCCCUUGCAGUCCCCUUUUGCAGAGCAAGCAAAGUGACGUCAGGAUAGCGAGAAGGGUUGGGGUCUGGUUAGACCACAAAGCAAAUGUUCCCCCGGCUAAAACUCUCAUGAAUUUAAUCCUGAAACUCACCAGCGAGCUAUUUCGUGUGGCAGCUCGCUGAGACGUCUGUUAGAUCACAUGUCACAGAAGUUAAUCUCACAGUUUCUCCUAUGUGCUUAUGGGAGGAACUCAGUCUAAGAUCAAAGGCCCAGAUGUUUGAGAUGUCCAGGUACCUUUACACUUCGCACACCUUUGAGGCAGAGUGCACAUACUUCGGUGGCAUUUUUCUCUCUACACUUUUAGCGGCCACCGAAUCAUUUUGGUUUUUCGCCCUGCACAUGAAAAGCGGGCAGCCGUUCUGAGCACCAGCUCACCUGUCUCAAGGUUUCUGUUUCUUGGAAAAGUCUUACUGUGACAUGGUACCUUUCUGAGAAGCUCUGUCCAAGGUGACCUUCAAAGGCAUCAUCUCCCCCCUCUGCCACUUCCCUGCUGAUAUCAUCCUGUCUGCAGCACCAACGGAGCGUACCUGCAUUACCUGAAGAAGGCAUAUUAAUCAGUAGAUUAUGAAAUGAUACGAGACUGUCUUGUGUGUAACGUGGUUAGUGUCCCUGACAGAUAAUCCUAAUGUUGGUUGUUUAUGGUAAUUUUGGUCUUGCUAAUGUCUCUCUGCGUUGAGUGGUUACUGAAUAGUUGUGUUAGACGUUGAUUUGCUGCCUUCAUUAGCCAAUAGUUGCUCUUUAGUGCUUGUCAGGGUUUGGCGAGUGUGUCAGAGGCGUGACAGGGGCGUGUGGGUGGCCUGUGUGGGUUUAACUUCAGAGCCGUGUUAUAAAGUUGAAGUGACAGGACGCGAUGCCUUCCCCUGAAGAUCACAGAGUCAGCUCUCCACGCAUGGCAAACCUGGACUACGACCGCCGGUGCAUGUACCCUCCGGUCUUCCUGGUGGACCGAGGAGGCCUGGCACCGGCGCCAGCGAUGCCCAGAGAUCCCGGCCUGGUGCCGUGCUGGACGUUCCCUCCAGCCCGAGCAAAGAGCAAGAGGGGCCAUGGGCAGUCGUGCUUGGUACUGAUCGGGCUGCUGUCGCUGCUGCUGCUGUUUGCUGCGAUCGCGCUGGGCGCCUACCAGAUUCUGAGGCUGCAGUCUGAGCUGGCUCAGCUGAAACAGGACUUCAAUACAGAAAACAAGGGAGCAGUGUCUGAGAAAUUGACCGGCCUUCCAGAGAUUGAUUCCCACGAUGAGGGGCUAAAACAGGCAGCUCAUCUCACAUUUCAGCUUCCCAAGAACAACCAGGCGACACUGGAAUGGGAGCCCCAGCAUGGACGAGCCUUCACGCAGGGCGUGGUCUACCGGGACGGGGGCCUGCAGGUGAAGGAGGCGGCGCUGUAUUUCGUCUACUCGCGGGUGGAGUACAUAGCCAGGCAGUGUCCCGACAAAGAUGCCCUCGUCCACGUCGUCUUCAAGAGGAGCCAGAAGGACCCGAAGCCACUGGUGCUCUUAGAGGGCCAUCGCGAGGGUUACUGCCAGCUACAGCGGGCCGACUACUGGUCCACCAGCAGCUACGUGGGCGCCGUGCUCCACCUGGACCAGCAUGACCAGAUCUUUGUCAACGUGUCCAAGCCUGGUCUGCUCAGCCACAACUUCGAUGCAAAUUUCUUCGGACUCUUCAAGAUCUAAGACUGCUAGUGCACCAUCACCUUUCAUCAUUUUGCUCUGACCAAAUGACAGCUGUAAGCCAUCUUGAUAACACAGGUUAUAAAUCCUUUAGCAAAUAUGAACAAUUUGGUUUUUUUUUAGGGGACUAUGAUGGCUUGGUUGGUGGUUUACAAGGAAAUGAAAGCUCACUGUGAGUUCACUGUGGUAUUCGGUAUAGAUAUUAAUAGCAGGGUAUAUAUGUGUAAAGAUUUCAAACACUAACAUGGUGCUAGAUCAUUAUUACAAGCACCUAGAUAUUUAUAUGAGAUCUGAUUCUGGUGAAACCGGGUUUAGAUUUGAAUGUAUGUUCUUUUGAACAAAGAAAUUAAUUUAAUGCUUUUUCAACCAACAAAUGCUUUCGCAACCAAUAUAUUUUUUGCUAUUUGGAAUAAAAUGCAUACUUUGUAAUAUUUAUGAAUGGCGAGGACUGAAUACUGUGAAUGAAUAACUAAUAUUUGUUCACGAUUAUGCUGUACAAAUAAGUAAUUUACUUUCAGGGCCUUGUUCUAAUUAAAAUGCCUCCAACAUGCUA